GUUGCCCACAGAAAUGUGAAUUUUGGUUUAUCACGUCUGCCUGGCGGGCAGCAGGAGCUGCACAGCGAGCCGGGGGAAAGCACAAGUUAUCCACCUACAUGUGAGAGGCUGGGAUUUUGCUGACACUUUCUGGCUGGGAAUUGAAUGCUGCCUGAAUCAUCCAGCCAGGGCUAUUUGUUCAUAAAAGCUCUCAGGAUGGUUUCGAGGAAGGUGGUGGCCAGUUUGCUGCUGGUGUCCCUGCUGUCCGUGCUGGCUGAGCAGACCCAAGGCUUCAUGCCCUUUUUCACCCAGAGUGACUUCCAGAAAAUGCAGGAAAAGGAGAGGAACAAGGCAGGGCAGAAGAAAUCCCUGAGCUCGCUGCAGCAGCUGGAGGAGGAAGGUUUCUCUGAGCAAUCUGGUGUGGAUGUCAAUGCAGCCAAGACCCUCCAGCAGGCCCUUCCUGUCAGAGCUUGGCUCACCCCAAGGCAGCUGGAAAAAUACCAAGAUGUCCUGGAGAAACUGCUGGCAGAGCUGUUACAGGACACCCCAGAUGCUGACUGAUAUCUGCAGGAUCAGAAGAGAGAGUGAUGGAGCUGCUCAAGCUGAAAGACUCCACUUAUAUAAACGAAAUUUGUGAGAGAGAUUAACAAAAUCUGAGGUGAGAU